AUGUCUGCCAUCGUAGCCUUUAUCUCAAUCUUUCUGCUCCACGUUGUAACGGUAGUUUCAGACACCAUUCCCCAAUGUCUCUCUCUUCAUUCUGACCCCUCUCAUCCCAUAUCUGCUGUCACCUAUUUCCCCGACAACCCCUCGUUCCCUCCCAUUUUGGAAGCCUAUAUCAGAAACCUCAGAUUCAGUUCCCCCACAACUCCAAAACCAUCCUUCAUUGUGGCACCAAACCACGUCUCCCACAUCCAAGCUUCCAUCAUCUGCUGCAAAAAGUUCGGGAUUGAGAUGAGAAUAAGAAGUGGGGGGCAUGACUAUGAUGGCCUUUCGUACGUGGCAGAAGUCCCAUUUGCCAUUGUGGACAUGUUCAUGUUGAAAUCGGUGCAGGUCAACGUGGAGGAUGAGAGUGCGUGGGUUGAGUCGGGGUCAACGAUUGGUGAACUUUAUUAUGGGAUUGCUGAGAAGAGCAAAGCCCUUGGUUUCCCAGCUGGGGUUUGUCACACUGUUGGUGUUGGAGGGCACUUCAGUGGAGGAGGGUAUGGGAACAUGAUGAGAAGGUUUGGUCUCUCUGUGGACCAUAUUGUUGAUGCCCAAAUUGUUGAUGCUGAAGGGAGAGUCUUGGACAGGAGAGGAAUGGGGGAGGAUCUUUUCUGGGCCAUUAGAGGAGGUGGGGGAGCAAGCUUUGGGGUCAUUGUUUCAUGGAAAAUCAAGUUGGUUCCUGUGCCUCAGGUUGUAACAGUUUUCAGAAUUGAGAAAACAUUGGAACAAGGUGCCAGUGAUAUUGUUUAUCAGUGGCAGUAUGUUGCUAAUAAGAUACAUGAUGGCUUGUUUAUUAGAGUGGUUCUUAGUCCUGUCACAAAAAUGGGUAAGAAGACGAUAAGGGCCAAGUUCAACGCCUUGUUUCUUGGAAAUGCACAAGAACUGCUUCAAGUGAUGAAUGAGAGCUUCCCUCAACUGGGUUUGGUUGGUGAACAGUGCAUUCAAAUGAGUUGGAUCGAUUCCGUUUUGUUCUGGGAUAACUAUCCGGUGGGGACUUCCCCUAAUGUUUUGCUUCAACGGCAUGGAACAGCAGAGAAAUUCCUAAAGAAGAAAUCAGAUUAUGUGCAGCAACCCAUUUCAAAAACUGAGCUUGAAGGUAUAUGGCAGAAGAUGAUGGAAGUAAAAAAGCCUGUUUUCACAUUCAACCCCUAUGGUGGAAAAAUGAGUGAGAUUUCAGAGAUGGAAACACCAUUUCCACACAGGGCUGGUAACAUAUAUAAAAUUCAGUACUCCGUGAUUUGGCAAGAGAAGGGUGGAGAUGUUGCUAGUCGAUAUUUAAAUUCGAUUCGGAGCCUCUAUGAUUACAUGACCCCUUAUGUGUCAAGCUCACCUAGAAGUUCAUAUCUGAACUACAGAGAUGUUGAUAUAGGUGUCAAUGGACCUGGAAAUGCUACUUAUGCACAGGCUAGUGUUUGGGGUAAAAAGUAUUUCAAAACAAACUUUGAUAGGCUUGUAAAGAUAAAGACCAGGGUAGAUCCAAGCAAUUUUUUCAGAUAUGAACAGAGCAUUCCAUCUCUUGCUUCUGCUCAUAGUAUUAGUUUAGUGUCAGAAUAG